AGUCAUGGAUGGAGGGGCAUCCCUUAUCUGGGAGAAAGUAGGGCAGGUUUAGCAGGGCUUCAAUUAUCAUGUGAUGCUCUUUCCAUCGAAUCUCGAUGAUCUUAAUGAUCCUCUGAUCUUCAACAACAACGCCAGUCGAGUCUACAGGACAGUAUCUGCAAUCUGCAGUUUUGGCUCUGGAUCAGUUCUAGCCAGUAGCUGGCUCUUUUAUAAUUAUGCUAGAGAUUAUUUGCUGGAAUCGUGCGAAUAGGCACUCAGUAGAGUCCCUGUGUUAGUAAUUGACAGCACAGCCUAUAUUAUCAGCAACUAUCUUGAUAUAGAAUUCAAGAAUUCUACAUAAGUAAAAGCCU